CUCCCGCGCCUGUGCGAAAGCCACACAAACCAAGCACUGGCGCCGUUGCACCAAGCACCAAGCACCAAGCACCACCUCUUCGACGGAUGGUCGGGGUGAUUGUGGAGUGUGCCUGCCUUUUCGGUUCAUUUUCAUCUGCUGCUAUCCAAUCAAGUCUCCGGACCCUCAGUCGCCGCUUCACCCUCCUUCUUCCAACCCCCCCAACAGCUACAAGCAACCAUGUCUGGUCGUGGCAAGUCUGGCAAGGCCUCCACUGGCAAGAGCAAGACCCGCUCCUCCCGCGCCGGUCUGCAGUUCCCCGUUGGCCGUAUCCACCGCCAUCUCCGCCAGGGCAACUACGCCCAGCGCAUCGGUGCCGGCGCCCCCGUGUACCUCGCCGCCAUCAUGGAGUACCUCGCCGCUGAGAUUCUCGAGCUCGCCGGCAACGCUGCCCGUGACAACAACAAGCACCGCAUCAACCCCCGCCACAUCCAGCUCGCCGUCCGCAACGAUGACGAGCUCAGCAAGCUCCUCUCCGGCGUCACCAUCGCCCAGGGUGGUGUCCUCCCCCACAUCCACAGCAACCUCAUCCCCAAGGGCAAGGGUGGCAAGAAGGCCGCUUCCCAGAGCCAGGAGUACUAAGCAUCUCCAUGUCGCAUCUGCCGUCAUGCCUUUUGCUGCUCCCUUGUAAUGUACUUGAACCUUCCCCCUUUUCUCCCCUGUUCUGACUGCCUUUGAUCUUCCCCUCUUUUUUCUUCUCUCUUUGAUGAUGAACUGUGAUAUUUGACUGUGUGAAGUGGCGGGUUGUUUCUCUUGUACUGUAUGAGCAAGCGACCUGGAGUUGACGCCCCUCGACGUUUCUGCUUGUUGAGUGUGGACUCGCUUCGAUCGCAGUGCUCCGCCCGUCUACUUGCCUUUCUUCUCAUCACCAGUGCCUUUGUGUACUUCUUGCUUGCCAGGCAACUGUAUUGCCUUGGUGUGACUCAAGAGUAAACUGUGGCUCUGACCACCAAAUCAA